UGCCAGGGGAACGGGCCCAGCGCCUGAAGAGUUCUAGCCCGCCUCGGCCUGGCCGGGCCGUGCCGCCAGCCGGCUCCAGCAGGAUCCCGAGGACUCGCCGGCCCGGCCUCCGUCGCGCGGCCCGGGAUGGGGCCCCGCUGCGGGCUGCGCCGCCGCCUGGUCCCGGGGAUCAUCUCCGCUGCGAGGGUCUGAAGUGCUGCCGCCCUGGAGGGUGGACGGCCAGGCGCGGGGGCUGAACCACUGGGUGACCUUGGCAGGGCCGAUCUGGCUUGGUCGCCGCGACGCGCAGAUGUUUUCAAGUCAGCAAGCAUUUACUGAGCAUCUACUAUGUACAAGGCUAAUGCUCUCUCUGCUUUUUCUUCCUCUGGAGAUGAACAUCUGCAACAAGCCCUCCAACAAGACAGCCCCUGAGAAGAGUGUGUGGACAGCGCCUGCACAGGCCCGCAGACCGUCCCCCGAGCUGCAGGGCCAGCGGUCGCGCCGGAACGGGUGGAGCUGGCCCCCUCACCCUCUCCAGAUUGUGGCUUGGCUGCUGUACCUCUUCUUUGCUGUCAUUGGCUUUGGGGUCCUUGUUCCCCUCCUGCCUCACCACUGGGUGCCCACUGGCUAUGCUUGCAUGGGCGCCAUCUUUGCCGGCCACCUCGUGGUUCACCUGACCGCUGUCUCCAUCGAUCCAGCAGAUGCCAACGUGCGGGACAAGAGCUAUGCAGGGCCCCUGCCCGUCUUCAACCGCAGCCAACACGCACACGUCAUUGAAGAUCUGCACUGCAACCUGUGCGACGUAGAUGUGAGCGCUCGCUCCAAGCACUGCAGCGCCUGCAACAAGUGCGUGUGCGGUUUUGACCACCACUGCAAGUGGCUCAACAACUGCGUGGGCGAGAGGAACUACCGGCUCUUUCUACACAGUGUGGCAUCUGCCUUACUGGGUGUCCUGCUCCUCGUGCUGGUGGCCACGUAUGUCUUUGUGGAGUUCUUUGUCAACCCCAUGCGGCUGCGCACCAAUCACCACUUUGAAGUGCUGAAGAAUCACACAGAUGUGUGGUUUGUGUUCCUGCCCGCUGCCCCUGUGGAGACACAGGCUCCUGCCAUCCUGGCCCUGGCCGCGCUGCUCAUCCUUCUGGGCCUGCUUUCCACAGCCCUGCUGGGCCACCUGUUCUGCUUCCACAUUUACCUCAUGUGGCACAAGCUCACCACCUAUGAGUACAUCGUGCAGCAUCGCCUGCCACAGGAGGCAAAGGGGGCCCACAGGGAGCUCGAGUCCUGUCCCCCCAAGAUGCGGCCCAUUCAGGAUGGAGUAGGCUCAGGACCCAGAAGGCCUUGGAUCCACACCUGGCCCCCCAGCCUCCCUGACCCCCACCUUCCCCAGGAGAUGGAGUUCUACAUGCGGACCUUCAGCCACGUGCGCCCAGAACCCCCUGGCCAGGCCAGGCCUGCCACAGUGAAUGCCAAUCUUUCCCAGUUCUUUGCCACCCGAGGCCAAGUGGAACCCCCACCGCCCUCCUCCCCAGAGACUCAGGCUCUGCCCCCUCGGAUCCGACCCCAGAAAAAGAGGAAGCGGCGGGUGUAUAAGGUGCCAACCUCUGGGACCUUGGACCCUGAAUCGCCGCUGCCCAGGCUGCCGGUGCAUACUUUCUUAAUGGCAAGGGCCACAGGCCAUCCUGGAGCUGGACCAUUGUCAGUCGGCCUAGGGGUGGGGUGGGAGGGGCUCGGACAUUGAGUCACCACCCAGAUUGUCAUAUGGAAAGAUACACGUGGACCGAAGACGCUCAGGUACAGGGCUUCUGGUUGUGAAAAGUCCUUGGAAGGCUGCCUGGAGGAGGUUGUUUUUCUUGAAGAUGGUUUAUACUUGAGGGAAAAUAGGCUUUGAGAUCCGGAGGCAGCAGCAGGAGCAGACACUGCGAGGCCGACACCGGGGUAGAAUGGGAAUAAAGGAGUACGCGGACCCCAGAGGUCCUGGAACUUUUUCCUGCAGUUGGGAUGGCGGUCGGUGUACCAGGACUCUGGGACUGGGCACACGUGAUUCGCCCAUUGUUCCCUCCUGCUCCCACAGUGCUCCCGAGUUGCGGCCUGGGGAUGCCAAACGUUAAUUGGAAAGCUGUGGUCUUGAGCCAGCUUUAGACCCCACUGUCAUUGAGGGAAGGGACUUCUCCCCACCCCAACUCCCCCCGCCCCACCUCC